UUCAAAAACUAAAGUUCCCAAAGUUCACCAGAAAUAUUUACCUUCUAGUCGACAUCAUCGGGUGAAAAGAGCAAUGACGGCGGUCUCACAGGCGGCGAAUGCGGCGUCGGGACAAGGUUCGGGCCCGCAGUUAUCGGCGUCGGUGGUGAACUCGUUUCGCGUGGCGGCCGUGGCUGGGCGGUUGGCUACUCAUACUCAGUCUGGUAGACAGCCUCAAAGCACGGAGUUCUUCAGCCUCUGCCUCUCUCUCGCUAGAGGCAUCGAUUAUGCCAUUGCAAACAAUGAGGUUCCUGCCAAAGCGCAAGAAUUACCUAUAUUAUUGAAGCAGAUAUGCCAACACAGAAAUGACCUCUUCUUACAAGCAGCUAUUAUGGUGUUGAUGAUAUCAGUAAAGAAUGCCUGUAAAAUGAGCUGGUUCUCAGAUAGAGAGACUCAAGAACUUCUUUCUCUUGCCAAUGAGGUGGGCAGUUGCUUUUGCACCCCUGGAGAUAUUAUCAAUGGAUUGGAUUGUUCACUUUCAACUGUUUUGGAAAUUAUGUCAAGGUUCUAUCCAUUAAUGAAGAUGGGCCAGAUACUUGCUUCUCUUGAAGCUCAGCCUGGAUACGGGGCUUUCGUGGUUGAUUUCCAUAUAUCAAAGAAUAUAUCACAUUCUCCGCAUGAGAAAAUUAGGUUAUUUGUAGCUCAAAAAGAUAACAUAGAGACAUCUGCUUGCAUUAUAAGUCCGCAACAAGUGAAUUUUCUAUUAAAUGGGAAGGGUGUGGAGAGAAGAACAAAUGUUUUAAUGGAUAUGGGACCUCAACUUCCAACGAAUGUGACUGCCAUGUUGAAAUAUGGGACAAAUCUUCUCCAAGCUGUGGGCCAGUUUUGCGGUCACUAUGUCAUUUUGAUUGCCUUCAUGAGUAUGGAGUCAUCACCUGAUGCUUCCACACUACCAGAUUAUGUUCCAUCUGGUGACGUUGCACCAGGAUCAGAAGAUUCUGAUUUAAUCGAAGGGCCAUCACGUAUAUCCCUCAAGUGUCCCAUAAGCCGAACACGCAUCAGAACUCCUGUCAAAGGUCAUGCAUGUAAGCAUCUCCAGUGCUUUGAUUUCAAAAACUAUGUUGACAUAAACUCUAGAAGACCAUCCUGGCGCUGCCCACAUUGCAAUCAACAUGUAUGCUACACUAACAUUCACAUUGAUCAAAAUAUCGCUAAGGUGCUGAAAGAGGUGGCAGAGGAUGUGUCCGAUGUGAUUAUCUCAGCAGAUGGAUCAUGGAAAGCUGUGAUGCAAAAUGAUGAUGAUGAUGUAGAUGAGUUGCAAGAUAAGAUUCUUAAUUGCGAAAAGGAUGGGUCUGAGCAGCAAGAAUCUGCUACGGGCGUUCCUAUUGUUCUGGAUCUUACUCAGUCCGACACUGAGGUGGAUGCAAUGGAAACUAUUGAAAUUGAAGACACGAAGCCUCCUGUGGCUAAUCUUCAAAGUUUGUCUGCUGCUCCAAAUUUAACCACAACACCAGAAUUGGUUAAUGCAGCUGGAACGAAUCAAAAUAUUGUUUCUAAUAUGGAGGAUAAUUUUUGGUCAGCACUUUACUCAAGUCUUGUGCCUGGCACCUCUACUAGGAUAGAUACCCAAGUCGGUGGCAGAUCCGAGUCUACUCCAAAUAUUACAGUAGCAUCAGUGUUUUCUGAUGCUAUUUCUCCAGUGCCCAAUCAAGCUGACGCUUGCAGUAAUGCUAAUCCUACUACCCCUGUGGUUCAAAAUCAAAUUGCUGCUGCAAAUUUGCCAUUACAGCCUUCGCAAUUGAUGAAUACAAUGCCAAAUCAUGAACAUGGAAAUUUGCAUAACAUGAUACCUAGACAUGUAAGCCGAACACCUAUUGCAGUUCAGGCCCUCCCAGCAAUACCUCAGACUCAGACACCAACACCACAUAGAUUAAGAAAUAGUAUUAAUACUAUGAACACAAACAGUUCCUUACGAACUCCGCAUCAGAGUAAGAACCAGCAAGAACGUACAUUUGUUCCCGGUCAGUCAGUUCAACAAGUUGGUGUUGCAGCUCCAAGUCAACUCCAGGGUUCAUACAGAGCUCUGGGUGAAUUCCAGAACCCACACUUGCAGCAAUCACUGAACACGAGGAUGUCCCAACCGAGGAGUCCAUCUCCAGGCCUGAUACGAUCACCAUCACCUCUACUACGAGCACAGGCUCAACAAGGAGCUGCACAAGUCGGGAUACACUAUGCAGCAGGCAAUGUGAGUAGCAUUCCUACCAGAUUUAGAGCCACCCAAAUGGCUGGACAGCCGAGACCAGCAGCACCUUAUCCUGGAAAUGUUGACGGGAGUAGGAUUGCAGCUGUCGACCAGAGAUUGAACAUGGGUGGAUCAGCAUCGGCAGCAACUUCAAGAGCUGAUACCUCAGCUGAUUUGGGAUCCGAUCAGAACUGGCAGCCUACAGGGCGGAUGCGAGGAAGCCUCGCGGGUCGAGCAUAUUCUGAAGCUCUUACCCAUAUGAUGAUUCAACCCACCCAAUCAACACAAGCUGCAACAAGGCCACAAACAAAUAUAACGUCUCCACCUAGUGUUCCACCACAUCUGCAGGCGAUUCUCGCGAAUAGCAGGAAUCCUGUUGCCCCUCAAAUGCAAAACAAUGCAAUGACUCAAACUGAUGCCGUGAAUAGUAGUUCCGGUACCUUCCCGAAUAUGUCUAGCGGGAUGUAGUAGUGUUGACAUAGCUGUAAUGUUAUGGAACCGUAUGUACAAAUAUUUAUGGCCAAUUUUGUGCAUAUCACUUUUAUUGUUGUACAGUU